CCAUGGCUAGCUCAAUGGUAGUCAUGGUUUUGAAUAUAUUUUUGAUUUUGUUCUCUCUUCUUCCUUACGUUGUUUUUUCUUACUCAUUCAGCCGUCUCAAUUUGCCAUCGCCAGCCAUAGGUUCCGACUCUACUGCUUUUGAUGCGCUUGGCCAAGGACCUUACACAGGUGUUGCUGAUGGUAGAAUUCUGAAAUAUCAAGGCCCUAACGUCGGUUUUCAAGAUUAUGCUUUUGAUACCCCUAACAGGUCCAAGGCAGUAUGCGAUGGAAAUACAGACCCAAAUCUUGGAAAUGUAUGUGGAAGACCUCUAGGUAUAGGAUUCUUGCGUUCGACAAGGCAACUCUUCAUCACGGACGCUUAUCUGGGAUUCCUUGUUGCCGGAACUAAUGGCAGGCUUGCAACACCAAUAGCCACUGCUGCAGAAGGACUGCCUUUUCGCUUCACUGAGAGUUUGGAUGUUGACCAAUUAUCAAGAAAUGUCUUUUUCACCGAUGCUAGUGUUGUAUACAAUAUUAGGUAUUUUUCUUCAUAUUCAUUAUCUAAAAUUAAUAAAAUACACUACAAAUAAAAUAACCAUAUAAUUUUUUUCUCUUUUGAUAUAGUUAAAAAACUGAAUAGUAAUUACAAAGUUUAAAAUUAAUGGUAUAAGU